GACCAGCUGUUCAAAUGAGUAAAAAGUUUACAAAUUUGUUGUGAUUAUCACAGCUGAGAUAAAAUUUUAUUUCUUAACCUUUCAAUUUACGAUUAAGUACUUUACUAAACAGAAAAUUUACUAUGCACGCUUCGCAGCAAUGACUGGAUAAAACAUUAAAAUGUGUUCAUUGUGAGAUUUGUUGGAGUAAUUCAAAUCUAACGACCAAACUGUGGAAAGGUGAACAGUAAUGCAUGUUAAUGGAAUUUAAGUCACGUGUCAAGUUUGAUCAAAAUCUGCACAAUCAUGAUGCAGAGUGGAAGAGGAUAUCUUGUCAAAUAUUUCGCUGCAGUUAUCGUCCUUGUUUUCAUAAUUUGUAUAACUGUGUACCUCUCCGUCAGCAAUCAAAAAAUAUCCCCUUCUUUUACCGUAUUCGAACCAAGUUCGGAUGGCGUACCAUUGGCAGACGGCGAAAUUUACGUGGAUGACUCAGAGGCCAGAAAACUAUUCCAUGAAGUUCAGAUUUUCUGCUGGAUUCUCACGACGAAAACUGGGGUAGUAACAAAAGCAGCCGGUGUCAACUUCACGUGGGCACCAAGAUGUAACAAGCACGUAUUCUUUGCUUCCGCUUACGGUGAUGAAACUACACUUCCACCGGUGCCUGGGAUGCCGGUCACCCCAGCAAUGCAGAAAGUGACAAUUGAUCUCAGUGCUGGAAAGCGGAAAGAAUAUACAACAGCGAAUGGUGACAAUUUCGCGACAAUAUCUAUCGGUGACGUCAUAUUCAUUGACACACCGGAAGGAUAUCAAAACUUGACAGAAAAGUCAAGGGAAGUUCUUCAGUAUCUAUACCUCACGGAAUUAAAUAACUUUGAUUGGUUCCUAAAAGCAGACGAUGAUACAUACAUGAUUAUGGAAAAUCUCAGACAUUUACUAAAGGGUUUAGACAAAAAGAAACCAUCUUACCUCGGGUACCAGCUAGAACCGUCGUGGUAUGAUUCACCUUAUAUGAGUGGAGGGGCGGGGUAUAUAUUCAAUAAGGCGGGACUUAAAUUAUUGGUCGAAAAGGGGAUACAAAGCAAAGGAACUUGCAGAGAAAGUGGAAGUUUUGAGGAUCUCGAAGUUGGCCGCUGUGCUAUUAAAUCAGGUGUUAUUAUUUAUAACUCUGUUGAUAAAUUUGAACGGGAAACAUUUCAUCCAGAUAGAAUUCAUGACUACAUUCCUGGACCUCCGCCUCAAUGGCUGUACUAUUAUUCAAGAAAUAAACCAAAAGGGGGUUCUGAGUGUUGUAGUCAGCUAAGUAUAAGUUUUCACCGAAUGUCGACGCAAGAUAUGUUAGUGUUUGACCAUCUACUCUACAAGACCACAGUUUAUGGCCGUAAGAUGGCCGGAAGUUUCUCACAGUUCUUCAAAUAUGGCGCCGUCCGGCAACUACCAAAUGGCAUACCUACGAUGAAAACGUCUGCUUAAAAUCUAAAUUUCAAGAGCGGACAAAUGAAAUGUUUUGAAACAUAGUUGAGGAAAUAUUAAGAGUUGUCGCUCCUGAAAUUCAACGAAAGUGAAAGAACGACAACUAUGUUUGAAAAAUGCAAGAAAUAGUGUCAUAAGUUGAUGCAUAUUAAACACAACGGCAAAACUCGCCAUUCGCUAGAUUGUCCAUAUCUAGAAAAAUGCUGAAAGUAUAGUAUACGCUUAAAAUAAUAAUAAAGUUCUUGAUAACAUUUCCAAAUUGAAACAAAGUCAAACAAUAUACAUGUAAUCAUGUUAUUUACUCAUUUUACUAGAUCUAUUUCAGUCCUUUUUUUUUUUGAAAAGUCUAGCAUUUACAAAUUAUUCUAACAUGGCUCGAUUUGUCUGCCAAUUAAACAAAGAAGAAGUUCAAUCUCUGUAUCUUCCGUGAUAAACAGCGAUUGACGCGCGGACCAGUAAGAGAACAUUAUCGCGCCAAUUAUGACGUCAUAUUCAUACAAGACGUCCGUUCAUUACUACUCGCAUAAAUGAAACCCGGUAUAACUUUUAUCAAAAUAUUUCACUGUCCAUGUAACAAUGAAACCAAUCAGGUCUUUUUGUGGUGUGUCGUCUAAUUUGCCACGGUCCAUUGUUCAGGUGCUUGGAUUUUAAACUAGUCUGGUUCACCAAGAAACCAACGGAAAACUGGCUUUAUUUGAUGGAUAUCGUCAGGGAUGUGCUUAAUAAUUGUUUGCAACGUGUUAGAAUCGAAAUAAUAUAUCUCAUUUAGUGAUUUGCUCUUGAAUAGAAUCAACGUUUGUCGUUCAGAUUACGUCGCUGUUUGUGUGAUUUUUAACCUAUUUUUCCAUAGGAAAUGAAAAACGGGCACUUCUGUAAUCUCAUAAAUGGUAUUCACCACGUAUAUUUUCUGAGUUUUUAAAAUUGUGGUAUGGUGGAAUAAAUAAAAUUAUACCUUUGUAUGAUUAGAUAUGUCUGGCAUUUUGAAAUAUUAUUCACAAUGUAUAUGAUAAUUACUUUCAGUAAUUUUUAAGAUAUAUGCAAACUGCAAGUGGCGGGUUACUGUUUUGUUUAAGUAUAGUUGUUCACUUUUGAAAUGCUCAGAUCAACAGAUACCUCAAGUAAACAUGUUAUUUUUGAAAGUGUGACUGUAUGUGAAAGACGCGUGAUGAUCGCUAUCAUUUUACUUCACUGAAAUUUUUGAUGUAUAUUUUUCAUUGACCAUAAUUAUAAUUAAACAUUACCACACAUUGUUCGUAACAAAGAAGCGAAUAAACGAAUGCUACAUUGAC